CACUGCGUCAGGUCUACCGCUAAUUGAGACGAAGAAGAAGACCGGGAUGGCGGCUUGUGUGGAGGAAUGAAGCGGCUGACCGCUGACUGCCUCUCCGGUGAACCCGCCCUCUCUGCGGCCUCAGGUGUUUCACAGAGCGGAGUCGCCACUGUGACUGAGCUAUGAGGAGUGGUGUGCCGUUGCCUCCAGGCGUCCUGGCUUUUGGACAAUGCUGUGUUUGUCCACUGGGCGGCGCCUCCUGAGCCGAGCGCACCGCCCCCCCCGCCCCGCCCCCCUGUCAGUCAACAUGUAUGCCACCCGCCUCUACAGCACUGCGGGAGGAGGAGGCGGAGGAGGAGGUGGGGUUAAACAGGGCCGAAGGGCGGGAGUUGCAAUGCUCGAGGCCCCCAACCCCCCCCACCCUCACCUCCCCCCUCCCUACCCGCUGUACCAGGGUCGCCUUGACGCCCCCCGAGGAGCGCACUUUCACUACCACGGCCACCUGGCUCCGCCUCUGCUGCCCCCCCACUAUCAGCACCCGGCCCACUUCCACACGUAUGGCGGCGCGGCGCCGGCUGGUGGCAACAAGAAGAAGACGUGGAACUUCAUCCACGAGAAGAUGAGCUACGACACGUUCUUCACCAUGAAGAGGCUCAUCGAGCGCUCGCGCCGCCCCGACGAGGUGCUCCGCUGGGUCGCCCAGAACCCGGCCAAGAUCUCCCACAACCACUACCCCGUUGCCUUGCAGAAAAUCGGGCAGCUGCUACAGGCCGCGCCCCCGGCGCCGGGCGGCGGGGGCGCGGCCCCUGACCCCGAGGCCCCGGAGGGAGGCGACGGGCGUGAGAUCCUGGAGCACCAGGACUUCCACUCGCUCUGCAACGCCAUCGUCAACGACUGCCCCAAGUUCGACAACUUCAGCAUCGUCAACUGCCUGUACGCUGUGGCCGCGCUCGGUCUAUCCAGUGACUCUCAGGUGGUCCAGGUUUUGGAGGCGGAGUCUCAGUCCCGACUGAACCAGUUCAACCAGAAGGACGUGUCCAUGGUGUUCAGCUCCAGCAUGAAGCUGCACAUGGGCAGCCAGCACCCUCUGACGGAGGCCUGCCUGGCCGGCCUGGAGAAGAACCUGGAGAGAGAGAGACACCCGCAGACGCUCUUCCUGCUGCUCUCGUACUACCGACUCAAGUGGCGCCUGCUGCAGCCGCAGGAGCCCACCGACCCUCCCAACUCUGAGCAGCUGCUGGCCAACAGGAAGAUCCUUCGUCUGGUCAAACACACGCUGGCGAGCGUCAGUGGCGUCCGCGACCAGGAGAUGGCGCUGUUGGACGAGAUGUUGGCGGCGUGUGUUCGGGAGGCGAGCAACAAGAGUCUGGAGCUGAUCUUCAGCUCCCACCUGUUCUACCAGAACCGGCAGGAGAGGUUCAUCAGCAGCCUGGCAGAGGAGCUUCCUAAGAAGGUGGAGAGCAUCACGCCGUACACCAUGGCUCUGAUUGCUAAAUACGUCGCUCGCCAUCGCCUGAGAGAGACCCGGCUGCUGGACACCAUCGCAGACUUUGUGGUGAAGAAGGCCGAGUACCUGGACAGUAAGGUGAUUCAGAAGCUGGUGUUCCCGUUCAGCAGGAUGAGCUACCGCCCCUCCAACCAGCAGCAGUUCUUCUCCCGCUUGGAGGAGGUGGUGGAGCUGAAGGCCCUCAGCUCGCCGCUCGCCACCGUCAACAUCCUCAUGUCUCUGUUCCAGCUGGGACACUUCCCCGGCCCGGUGCUGCACUGCGUCUUCUCCUCCGCCUUCAUCAGCAACGUCACCAACAGUCCGUACGCAGUCAUCGUCCGCCGCUACCUGUCCCUGCUGGACGCCGCCGUGGAGCUGGAGUACCGAGAGUACUCGGGGCCGCGGCUCCACGAGGCCCACAAGGUGCUGAUGUUUGACCACGCCCUGACCGCCGACGAGGUCAACCGCAAAUACAGUUACAAAGGUCUGGUGGCUGAAGCUCUGCGGCAGCUGGUCGGAGAACAGAACUACAAACAGGAUGAAGUAUUGGCACCAGGUUACAAUACAGACUUCCUGCUGUGGAUGGAUUCCUCUGGUCGGGUUCUACCAAUCAGAACCGGCAUCCCUCCCGAGUCCAAGACAGCUGACGAUGCGGUUACCGUGGUGACGGCAGAGUUCCAGAAGUUGUCCCCGUUUGUGGUGCAGCAGGAGGGUGCCGAUCAGCUGUGUCCGGUGGGCGGGGCCCCAGAACCCACCGUGGCCCGGGGGAGGCCCGGCACGGGUGGAGGCCCGUAUGAACCUUACUACGUCCCUGCAGCAGACUUCUACUCCAGCUUGGCCAAGGAGCACUCUCUGGAGAGCCAGGACAGCUCCACCCUCAGUAGCCCCCCCUCCGACGGUCCCCCUGGGGGGGCCCAGGGUCCGGCCGAGGCCACGGCCCCCGACUCCCUCUUCCAGUUCUCCAUCGGGAAGAUCCUGGAGGAUGAGGCGGGCCGCGCAGGGGACCUGGCAGGCUUCUAUGAGGGUAGUCUAUAUCCUGAGGGCCAGGGGGCCGACGGAGGGCCCCCGCCCCUCCGACCCGCCACCGACGCCCCCCCAAUGGACCAGAGACACAUCCGGAGGGUCAUCAUGUCCGUCAACGACAAGUGGCACUACUGCCACAACUCUGAGGUUCUGGUGGGCUCGCGGGCCAUGAGGGACCGGCACCUAAGGCUGCUGGGAUACGUCAUCCUCCAGCUGCCGUACCCGGAGCUGGAGAAGCUGAACGGCAUCGAGGAGGUGAAGCAGUACCUGCACCAGAAGCUGCUAGAUGUCCCACUAUGACGUGUGUGUGUGUGUGUGAGUGAGAGAGAGAGUGUGUGUGUGAGUGAGAGAUAUAUGGAUGUGAGGAAGCAGUGAUCCACCAUGAAGCUUCUUAAAGAGACUUUUCUCUUCUGAUGAAAGUUUUUUCCUUCGUCGCCUUUUGUCUGAAGAAUCGUUUGUGGAAGAAGUAAAGUCACGUUAAAUGAGACACGCAGUUAGAGAGGUGACGACAUAUCGGGGUGCGUAUAAAACCUUAGUUUUUUGGGGGGGGGUGUUUGGUAACCACGGUGAAGAUGCAUGUGUGGGACGGUUUUUGGUGUUAUCACUGUUUUAUAAAUCCAGAGAGAAGGGAAUGAUGGGUACUGGGGCCAGAUGGUUACCGUGGUAACCAGGGGGGAUUGUGUAAGGCUGAAUGUUUGUGCUAGUGAUGAAUGUCUGGGUCAAAGGUUAGAUUAUUUAUUGGUUUUUGAGAGGAAAGAAGCUUGUUUAUAUUCUAUAAAUCUAUUCAUUCAAACAUCUAUAAAAACCUGAAACCGU